AUGGCACAUACAGAGUCCUCAAUCCCUACGAGUGUCGAACCCACACCACCACCAGCUCCCAAUCCACACACAUUGACGAUGCUUCCUCGUCUCGAGGACGACGAGGAUAGUCAAGAGUGGGAGUAUGAAUAUUCUGCCACUGAAACUGAGAGCUACUAUGUGACUCUCGAUCUUACCAUUCCAGAACUCACAAAAUCGUCAGGGAGACGGCGCAAUAAAUCAGAACAAGCGGAUGCAGCAAGCGCAUACCCACAAGCAGAGGAGGAUCCAGACUUCCAGCCGACCGCUGAUCCAGAUGAAGUAGACCCACCAGAGAAUCUGGCAUCGGAAAUUCAGAUUGUGGAAUUCCAUAGCGAAAAUCCUCUCGUAUCUUACUGUGGGCAGUUAUACUCCUGUCGAUGGGCGGAAAAUAUCGGCACAGAAAUCUUCUUCAUGAAAAACAUCCCAAAGGAUAAUGUCAGCAGGAUACAAAUUCUUCCUGGCGGAGUAAAUGUCCUCGGCACAAGUUCUGUACGAUUGGACUCGACACCGAUAACAGCAGAACCCAAAACGCAGGCUAACCCUGCCGGACGAAACGGUUCGAAGACUCGAUCCCUCAGGAGGGAGGAUCUUGCGAUUGACGUUGGCCCACGAGCAUCUCAGGGUCGGAUUCAACAGGCAAAGUUCCUGGAGGACUUGAUAAAAGCCAAGGAAAAGAGAGGAGAGACAGAUCUUGUCACGGUUCAUGUAGAGAAGAGAUACACAAACCUUGAAUGGAAGAAAGAGGUUUUGCGGCAGAGGAAAGAACAAAGGGUCAAGUUACAAUCUAUUCUCGAAGGAGAUGAUGAGCAGGCGAAGGAAAACGCCAGAAAAGAGGUAGCAGAAUUAGAUGAGGAAGAACGACGUAUUCCCCUUCUGGAUGUCGAGACUGCAGGAGAUGAUUCUAAGGAGUUGGGACAGCCUGUCAAGAAACGACAAAAACUGGCGCAGUCAGCUCCGAGGAGAACUAGGUCAUCGGUAGCUACGGUUGGAAAGCAAUCAGAAGGGUUCUCAAAUGAAAGCAGCAGGACUCCCACCCCAUACCGCCAAUUACUUCCGGCUCCGGUUGCGUCUACCUCUCCUAGCAUCGUUUCGCGAUCUUCUACGCCACAACAAGCAAUCUCUUCAUCCUCAAGAACAUCGGUAGCUGAAGGGAAUCGGGCUACUGCCGGCAUGCCGAACGUUCCCUCGAACGAGGAGACUGGAGUUGCUGUCUAUGGAAAUAACACGGCCCAGGCGGAAACAACGGCUGGCGACGCGUCAACCAAUGCACAACCUUGA